UCUCUGUUUUGGAGACGUAGGCGACAGACAAACUCCAAAACGGAUACGAGACAGCACUUGGCGCUGCGUAAACAGGUAUUAGUUUCCUGUCCCCGUUUACCGUUCGCGUGCGCAGACGCCGUCUGGCGUACUCUUCUUGUCUCUGUCGCAUCUCCUCUGUCGCCGAAUUGGACUGCUCUCGGGGUGGACAUCGCUUGCGUCUCCGUCUCCUCUUGCGGCUCCUUGCGGCGUCGCGGCGGUGAGUUCUCCUCCUCCGCCAUUACCAGACCCAUACAUUUCUCUCUCUUCUAUGGUUCACGCGGAAGAUAAUCCUAGUCGUCGUUUCGUGUUCACGCCGCCUGCUUCCUCAAUCCAGAAACCCUAGUCGUAUUUUCUCUGCUCCUCUGCGGAUGGAUUUUCCACCGAGCCAAGUGGUUGCCGAUGUUGUAGAAGCUGCGCGUGCUGCUGCCGUCGCGGCCUCGGAGGCGAGAUGUGUGGCCGUUGUUGCUGAGAAGGAGGUCAAGGCUGCGGUUCAGUUCGUGGCCAUUGCCGUCGACAAGGUUGAAGCAGUUAAGGCCUCAUCAAAUGUGGAACAUGUCGACUUCAAGUAUCAUGUGAACAUAAAGAAUUCGUUGAGAUACGCUAUUCAAGAAAUGAGGAGGCAAUCUAAACUGUUGCAUUCGGUUCAUAAAUUGUGUUCCACUAUUCCAGAGGUAGAAGGUGGCAAGAUAGGAAAGGUUUGCGGGCAUCUGGAACAUGUGUGCAAGGAGCUAGAGAAAACUUCAAUUGUGUGUGAACAAGAUUUGGAAACAAAGAAUCCAAGUUGGGAUCUUUAUGACAACCCUUCCGUAGAUGAUGAACAUCCUUUAGAUGAUGAUGAACUUUGUGAUGGCUACAGUACAGAAGAUCCAGAGCUAUGGGAAAUGGUUUUUGAAGACUUCAAGUGGGAAGAGAUUAAAGCUAAUGUCUCAUUUGAAGAGCACUAUCGUGUCAUAAACUACAGGUUCGAAGAGAUAAAUGACCGUAACAUGUAGUUGUGAGGUUGCCUUUGGUUUGGAUGAACUAUGGUGUCUCAUUUGGUCUCAUUUUGGUCUGUCUGUGUUAUAUGUUGUAAGAACAGUACUGUUAUCUGUUGUAUGAACCCUAAUGUCUGGUGUUAUCUGUUCUAUGAAACAAUUGUGUUCUAUGAAGCAAGUGGC